AACAUUUAACAUUAAUAUUUCAGAUUCCCCUACUUUUUUUGAAGAGUAUAUUUUACAUGCUCAUAUGCCACUAGUUUCGAGCAUGUCUGUCCCGGGUCCUGUCUCUGGAUAGCCAGUGGCCCGACUCGGGACAGAAUGUUAUACAUGAGUGCUAUUUUUUUUAUAAAGUUUAUUCACUUUAUAACUUUCAUUUUGAGUUAUUCACCCUCAUGCCAGAGCAUCACCUCAUUUUAAUUCUGUUGUUAUAUAAAUGGCAUCAUACCACUUGCACAGUUGACAUUUAGUACUAACAAUGACAAGUAACUUCAAACCAAUAGGUUAUUUAAAUACUAUAGGGCCUGCAGAAUGUAUUUGAAUGCGAGGUGACACUGUUGGUCUGAUGGUCUGUGGGGGUGAAAAUAAAUAUAUUUGAGGACCAGAACUUGUUCCCUGAGAAAAGUUUGAAUUUCGAGUGUUAAAAUAUGGAAUUUCCAACAUUCUGAGCACAAUAAAGUGUGUGUGUGUGUGGGACGAGAACAUAUCCCCACUACAUCCCAGUUCCACAGCCCUUGAGGAAGGAGGAGGAGAACUCUAUUAAUGUGCCUGUAUCCCACCAAGGAUUCAGCUACGUCUAUACAGAGUCCAGUCUCUGUUAUGACCAAGGACCUGACUCAGGACACAAAUCAGCCCCAGAAAGAAACUUUUGAAAAGGCAUAGCGAUGGGCAGAUGAAACUCUUCUAUGUUGGUGGACCCAACCAGAGGAAGGACUACCAUAUUGAAGAAGGGGAGGAGUUAUUCUAUAUGUUGAAAGGUGACAUGUGUCUUAAAGUUGUGGAAAAAGGUGUUCAUGUUGAUUUGCCAAUCAAGGAAGGGGAGAUAUUUCUGUUGCCUGCUAGAAUAGCUCAUUCUCCUCAGCGUCAGGCCGACACGAUUGGACUCGUCAUCGAGAGAGACAGGGACAUGGAUGAGCUCGACGGACUGCGGUAUUAUGUUGAAAAAGAUGGUCGUCCAACUUUAGAAUCUCUGUAUGAGAAAUGGUUUCACUGUGAAGAUCUUGGAACCCAGUUAAUACCUGUCAUUAAAGAUUUCUUUGCAUCAGAGCAGUACAAGACUGGGAAACCAAUACCUGGCACGAUUCCCGAGAAAGCACCUAUUAUUCUAAACUCUGAGCUUACCCUACAACAGCCCUUUAACCUGCACCAUUGGCUGGACGAAAACAGGCACAAACUGCAUGAUCAAGGCAGCAUCCAACUGUGGGGAAAUCAAACCCAGUUUCAGGUUUUUAUCUGUGGCAAGGGAGCUCAUUCCGGACAGCAUGAUAAUGUUGAGACAUUCAUUUGGCAGUUGGAGGGCACAUCUUCUGCUAUAGUAGCUGGAGAAUCACACACACUUAACUCAAAUGACACAAUGCUGGUGAAGGCUGGAAAAAGUUACAGUGUCAGUCUUUCAAGAAAUUCCAUUGCUCUGAUAUGUUAUCAAGACCCAGCUCGAAAGAAUGACAGCAUGUAAAAGAAAACAGAUGUGAGAGGAUCAAGAAUUGAAAGAAUGAACAAGGAAAAAAGCUUUUUCAUCAACUUCCGAGCGAAAAUGUGCAUGCAUUACUUUGUCAUCAGUAAACACCCACAGUUAUUUCUUCUAAAUGUAAUUUGUAUAAACAGCUGACACAUUAUUUUGAAUAUAGACCCCUAGGGUAAAAUAUUCAGCCAUUUAAAAAAAGAAUUUUUAAAUUGUUUUCUCAUUAUUUCUUUUUUUCUUAUUCCAGUUACAACUUACAUUUUUCUGUGUUCUUAAAUAGUGUUUGCCAAUUUAUUUUACAGGGGAUUCUCAAUAAUAAAACAUUAACGGGACAGACCCUAGUUUUUAAACACUAAGGUAUAUUUUUCACCUAGACUAGUUUCAACCCGUAAAAAUGGACACUAAGUUUGGUUAAUUUACAAACUUGUAACAAAU